UUCAUCAAUUCGUAUCGGAUGCCUUCCUUGUUUAGUCAGCGAAUGCUGCGUGCUGUGGUUGAAGUCACAGCAGCUGCGAAUGCCCUGCCGACCCCCGGACAGGACUACAACUACUACAGUAGUUUCCCUCUUUUCAAAGAAGUGAUGAAAGCAGAGUCGACAAACAUAAUGAAGAUGAUGUCAAGACUCGUGGCUCACCACAUUGGGAACAAGAAUUUCUUCCAAAAUGAAGGCACGGACUUCGAAGAGAAGGUGGACCAACUGACUGAAAUCAACGAUGUGCUCCUCGAGCGCGCUGGCAUCGAGCUGGACGUUGCGAGUGGAGUGAAGCGGGACUCCGAUAUCCAGCUGACGACUGUCACAAAGAAGAUAGACACAAUAUGGAAUCAGAAGAAUGAGAGAUUGAAGAGGGAGUCUUCUGUCACACUCCUGACAGCUGCUAACGUCACGAGGCCGCAGUUGUCAUUCCCCGACAAAAUCGACAAUUCCAACAGUCCUUUCGUUCCAAUAAUCAAAGACAAACCGAAUGCUCUCAAACCUCUGGCCAUUUUGGUUGAAACAAUCGACGGGGAAGAGACAUACUCUCAUCCUUACGAGUUUGAAAUCGAGAAGUUCUCACCGACCGACGAACAAAUGCGUCCAUCGCCGAGGGAAACGAAACCGCUGGGAGAGACGCCCCUCGAACUCGUAUCGACGCCAGGAGCUCUGAAGAAGGUUCUGGAGGAAUUGAAGCAGCACCGACAGAUAGCUAUUGAUCUCGAGCACCAUUCAUUUCGUUCAUUCAUGGGUUUUACAUGUUUGGUCCAAGUUUCGACUUGGGACAAAGACUACAUCAUCGACCCUCUAGAACUGCGGGGUCACCUUCACGUGCUGAACGAGGUUACAACAGAUCCGAAGAUUGUUAAAGUUCUUCAUGGAUCUCACUCUGACGUGCAAUGGCUGCAGCGAGAUUUCGGCGUAUACAUAGUGAACCUCUUCGAUACGGGCAUCGCAGCGAAACUUCUGAAUUACGAGCGCCUCUCUCUAAGUUACCUGUUGAAAAAAUUCGAACAAGUCGAGUCUGACAAGAGAUUCCAGCUCGUCGACUGGAGAAUCCGGCCCCUACCGAAGGAGAUGAUCGAGUACGCACGAACGGAUACGCACUAUCUUCUGUCUAUAUGCGAGAAGCUCAAAGAGGAGCUCAACAACGCCUCGAACGAGGCCGGGAAUCUCAUGAAGGCUGUUUGGCAGAGGAGCUCGCUUCUCUGUCUGAAACGAUACGAGAAGCCGAUUCUAACCGAAGAGAGUCAUCGGAACCUUUUGAAAACAGCCAACAAACGUUUCAAUGACAAGCAGCUGUACGCCUUGAAACACAUAUUCGCCUGGCGGGACCGCCUUGCCCGAGAGCUGGAUGAGAGCACUGGAUAUGUUCUACCCAAUCACAUGCUGCUGAACAUUUGCGAACUACUACCACGGGAGAUGCAAGGGAUCGUGUCGUGUUGCAAUCCAUGCCCCCCCUUAGUGAAGCAGCAGCUGAACGAGCUCCACCAAAUGGUUUUGAAGGCUCGAGAGGUCCAGCUAUCGAAUCCGCUCCUCGAUGCUCCAAAAAUCGACAUUCCGUUGCCCGCCCUUCACGUGAUGGACUUCGACAAUAUGCUUCAUGUGAUUCAUGAUCUGAACAUUGCUCACGAACAUGAUGAAGUCCGUCUACCAACGCUAAUAGAUGAAAACGGCGAGUUGCUGAAAGACAGUCGAAGAGCUGCCUGCGAAUUCAGUGUUCCUAGGAUGGCGCGUUCCUCGCUAUUACCGCAAAUCGAUCGCAUGAAGGAAGGUGGGGCGUCGAGGAUGAUCUUCAAGUCUUCAACUGGUGGAGUCCUCCGAGUUAUCACGCCAUAUGAGAGAUACACGAGGGAACGCGAAAGAAUGGAAAAGGAAGGUGAAUCACUCUCCAAACUUCUCGAAGAAGCCAAGAGGGAGGCUGAGCUCAAGGAAGUGGACGGGGAAGAUAUGGAGUCGUCUAAGAAGGAAGAAAGAGGAGAGGUUUCGAACGAAGUGUCCGCCGACGAUGCGAAAGCCCUCGAAAGUAACGAGCCGGAGAUCAUACGGGGCAAUAGUAAAAAACGCAAACGUCCCCAGCCCAGUAUCCCUCUGCUCGGAGGUCACGAAACGAGUUACGGCGAGACGAAUACAGAAAAAUUAGAGAAGAACAGCAGAAAGAGCGUGCCGGAAGACUUUGAUUACAAUCAAGCAAUCAGCCAGCAGAAUGCCCCUCAACAAGACUCUCAGCGCAAUCGAAGGGGCAGAGGAAAUAAUCGGGGCCGCGGAGGGAGGGCGAACAAUCGGGGCGCCACCGGUGGAGGCCGUGGCCGUGGCGAUUUUCACGGCAAUUCUUCGAAACGGAAACAGUUCGACGACCUGGAGGAUCUGCAAGACGCCGAGGGAACCGGAUCUCAACCCCGGCGGGGCUCGAACAAAAAAGCUCGUUUUCGAGGGAAUAAGAGUUUCACCGUACGCGGUAGUGGACGAGGCGGAAGCUUCAGAGGUCGGCAAUAA